ACCAUCGAUCAUGCUGUCAAGAACACUACGCAGAACGCUGCUCGAUGCGAGAUAUUCCCUCCCACCGACAUACCUUCUACCCUGGACCGCAGGACUCACGACCGCGACACAACCUCCUCAACCGUCGGAACCACCGCCAGAGCUUCCCAGCUCGAGCAUUCCCGCAAGAACGAAUAGCACAAGAUCAGAGUCAGCGACAGCAAAGUCGCAAAAUGCCGAACACCUCGAGUUACCUGCUCCCCACUCCCAGUCUUCGGGCCAAACUUCUUCACCUCCACAACUCUCCGAGUCCGUUCGCGAACUCCUACCACUUCUGCGGUCACAAGGCCCUCACUACAUGACCGUUCACAUCCAUGGUAACCCAUACCUCAUCACAGAAGGAGAUACUGUACGGCUGCCUUUCCUGAUGCAAGGCGUCGAACCGGGAGAUGUCAUACGCCUCAACCGGGCGAUCAACUUGGGAAGCAGAGACUAUGCGUUGAAAGCACCAGCGGCGUCACCGAAGAUGAAGAGUCCGACAACAGCCACCUUCUCAUAUGUCGACGAUCGGAUGUUUGUGUGCAGGGCAGUGGUGACUGGUGUCGAAAGCGAGCCAAUGCGAAUCAAGGAGAAGACCAAGCGGAGACAACGGCACGUCAAGAAGGUCAAGAGCAAGCAUCGGUACACGAUUAUCAAGAUCAAGGAACUGCGUGUGAAGAGUGUGGAAGAGAUUGAAAGUGGCGAAGUGGAUUAG